GCGGGGGUGAGACAGGGAAGGAAGUCCAUGGGGGCGUUCCAAGGGCACGAGGGACAGGGUGACAGCAGACUCCAGGGCUGGGUGCUGGGGAACUGUGUGUCUUCAUGGGUUACUGUCUGGAUGAGGAGAAAAGGCACGAGAGGUAGAGUCCCUUUUCCAUGCCAUGCAAGACAUGCUCCCCAGCACUUGAAUUAGGGCCACAGGGAGCACAAUGGAGGCUGGUGACAGGGAGAAGCUGGAAGCGGAGAGCUGGGUCAGACCCGGAGGGGAAGUGAGAGUCUGAGUAGGUGUCCAGGGUUGAGGGCGGAGCCCAUCUGCAUUGUCGGGGAGACUCAAGGCAGGCGUGUGUGUUGAGAAGGAAGUCAGAAGAGAGGGGCUGCGUGUGGGGAGGUUUGUGAGAACAGACGCCAAAGACCCACUUUCCGAGAGAAAGAAAGAACAUCUGCACAUAAGAUGCUGUUGUUACAAUUGGUGUUGCUCACCGUUCUUUUCCCAAGUGGUGACACUGACGACGAUUUCCAGGAGCCAGUCUCUUUUCGAACCAUCUUGACAACAUCCUUUUACAACCAUUCCUGGACACAGAAUCAGGGAUCAUCUUGGCUGGAUGAACUGCAGACUCAUGGCUGGGACAGCAAGACGGGAGCUUUCAGUUUUCUGCGGCCCUGGUCCAGGAGCAACUUCAGCAAUGAGGAGCUAAUGGAACAAGAAAAGUCAUUUUAUACAUUCUCCAUCAGAUUUCCUCUGAUCUUUCAGGACCAUGUCAGUGAAUGGCAGCUUGAAUAUCCCUUUCAGGUACAGGUGGCAGUAGGCUGUGGGCUACAAGUUGGGGAACCGUCAGUAGGCUUCAUGCAGAUUGCAUAUGAAGGAUCAGAUCUCGUGAGCUUCCAGAACAUGUCAUGGUGGCCAUCUCCAAAGGGAGGAAGGAGGGCUCAGGAGGUCUCCAAACUAUUCAAUCAGUACCAUGUGGACAACUUACAGCUACAAGCAUGUAUUAAUGACGCCUGCCCCCGUUUCCUCUUGGGUCUUCUUGAUGCAGGAAAGGAAGAUCUUCAGCGACAAGUGAGGCCAGAAGCCUGGCUGUCCACUGGCCCCAGUCCCAGUCCUGGUCGUCUGCUCCUCGUGUGCCACGUCUCUGGUUUCUACCCAAAGCCAGUAUGGGUGACGUGGAUGCGGGGUGAGGAGGAGCACCAGGGAACCCGGCGAGGUGACAUCUUGCCCCAUGCUGAUGGGACAUGGUAUCUUCAGACGUCCUUGGACGUGGAAGCCAGAGAGGCAUCUGGCAUGUCUUGCCGAGUGAGACACAGCAGUCUAGGAGGCCAGGACAUGGUCUUCUACUGGGAGCAGCCCCGCCCCGUGGGCUUGGUCUUCCUGGCGGUGGUCGUGCCCCUGGUGCUUCUGGCAGGUCUUGCGUUCUGGCUCUGGAAGCGCUGGAAAUCACACUGGAGACCUCAGUGCACUGGCCUCCCUUUGGAGAGAGAUCCCAGCAGCCCAGGACCAGGACGUCCCUAAACCCAGCUCAGAUGAUGGACUUGCAAGUCUCUGUGUGCAGCUUUUGUCUUUUCUUUCUGCUCAGUGAUCAGUUGUCAAGACGAGUUAAGUGUAAUUUAGCAGAAUUUGUGGUCCCACAAACCUCCAUGAGUCACUGGCAUCAGGCGUCACUUCCUGCAGUGAGCCGUCCCUUCUUCACAAGUCAAAGAAGUUUUUGCUUGGCGGGAAUUAGCCCCACGUUUUCCUGCACUUGCAAAUCUAUUCCUGACUUCCAGCCCUUGUUACCAACAGUUAGGGUCCUUUCCCUUCUAAUUCUUAGGACUUUAGAGAUGAGGUCCUUGUCUUUUUAAUAUUUGUAACCUUGGCAAGGAAUCUCCCCUGCAUGGAAUUUUAUUGAGGACAUCCUCAAUAAAAUCUGUGUUGCAGUUUUGUCAAUAUCAUAGGUUUUUCUUUUUCUUUUGCCUCGUGACAUGUUUGUCGUAGUUGAGACAUUUGCAUAUGUGGACAUUCACGGAAAAUAACGUUGAGGAUGGGAGAGAUGGCAAAGGUGAAAAUUAUUGGGAAAGGGAGAGCAAAUUAUGGGACUUCCCCAAGCUUCUCUCCUAAAUUAGGCUUGUUGACUGGUUCUCUAGGGUCCAGUACACCUUGUCACCCUCGCAUGGCCACCAUGCUGUGUUUGGUUGGUUGAGUCCACCCCCAGGUGUAGCCCUGGGCUCUGAUCACCUUGAGUCUCUCAGGAGAAAGUAUCCUUGACAAUGUGACAGGAUGACGGAUGGGCAGGUUACAUCAAGUUCAGGCCAAGACAGAAGCUACUUGCCCUUGGUCAGAGUGAUGGUUCAGGGCUAGACGCCUGCUCCAUGUGGCUCAGGUCACAGGCAUUAUGACUCUUGUGGUCAAUGGCAGGGAAAGAGAUGGUGUCUCUUGUCCUGGAUAAUAAGGCUGGGGUAUGAAGCCUGAAACAACUACAACCCAUUUUUCAGCAUCAGGAAAGCAAGGCUGAGGAUGACACCUUCAUGCAAGAAGGGGGAGAAAUUGAGCACGUGACCUUUUCCAAGAGAGUGGAUCCGAAGCGUUCUCAUGGCAAGAAUGAGAAGAAAAGAAAAGAAAGAGAAAGGAGAGCAUCCAGAUGGGAGCUGGUGGCUGUGUUGCCUUCUGUGCUUGUGGGCUUCGUGUCACCACGGACACACACACCACACAUCAAGCGUGUACUUCAUUUUAUGCUCUUUAGAGAGAACAGAGUUUAUUGCUCAACAAUGAAAAGUAUUCAAAUGUGGGAGGAAUGCUACAUAAAACAUCGAUUUUCAUGGUUUGCUUGAAUGCAAGCUUUCUUGACCAAUUCUUCAUUUUCCUAACAAAUGCUGCAUGGCACACCAGAGGCUCUGCAGCUAAGCACGGAGGCAUUCGUAUCCAGCUCCCGACACGCCCCGUGUGCACUGGGCUCCCGAAGUUCUUCAGGCCUCGUCUCUGAGAAGUUGUUGGAAGACGUUCAUCAGGAGGACCUUUGUUCAUGUUACAUCAUAGUCUCUGCUGCUCCUGUUAGUGCCGGCGGGGGUCCACGUGGCCCAUCGUUCCUCCCAGGUUUCCUCCCUGGCUGGUCAGGAAGCCGCAUGCUGUACAAAGGUACAAUUUUCAUUUAAAACGUUUUUUAAUAUUUUUCAUUUAUUUUUGAG